AUGAAAUUCCUUCCCUUUCUCCUCUCUUUCAUUUUCCUCAUUCUACAUCUCUCAGGACAAACAGUUGUACGAGGUGAGGUUGAUAUUCAACAUCAUCAUCAUCAUAAACAACGUAUAACAAAAUUGUUUGUUUUUGGAGAUUCAUAUGCUGAUACAGGUAACGUCAACCCAAGAGGUUUUGCUCCUUCAUGGAAACAUCCUUAUGGUGUCACCUUUCCCGGCAAACCCGCCGGACGUUUCUCCGAUGGCAGAGUCAUCACUGACUACAUUGCCGAGUAUUUGAAAGUGAAAUCACCAGCAUCAUACAGAAUAAUAAAAGAUUUAACACCACAGCAUUUGAAAAGUGGAAUGAACUUUGCAAUUAGUGGUACUGGUGUGUUUGAAACAUUGAAUCAUGGUUCAAACAUGACAACCCAGAUCAGUUUUUUUGAAAAGACAAUAGAAGACAAAGUCUUCAAAACCUCAGAUAUUAGAAAAUCAGUUGCUCUUGUUUCUAUCGCUGGAAAUGACUACAUUCGUUACAUUGUCACAAAUGAAUCUAUUCAGGGUUUACCAUCAUUCAUAUCAUCAGUGAUUAAUCAAACAAUCACAAACAUAAUUCGCAUCAAAGAAUUAGGAGUGAGAAAAGUGAUGAUAUCAAAUCUACAACCAUUUGGAUGUCUACCUCAAGAAACAGUUUCAUCUUCAUUCAAACAAUGCAAUGAAACAUCCAACAACCUCUUCGUAGCUUACCAUAACACCCUCUUAACCGAAGCUGUGACAAAGUUGAACCAACAAAUGAACGAUCAAUCUUCAUCAUCCUUUAUAGUUCUUGAUAUAUACGAUAGUUUCAUGUCGGUGUUGAAGCAUCCAUCCACAUACAGUAUUAAGAAUGAGUUGGAACCUUGUUGUGUUGGAGUGAGUAGUGAGUAUUUUUGUGGAAUGGUUGUGAAGAAGGUUAAGAUGUAUAAGGUUUGUGAGAAUCCUAAAUCAGCUUUCUUUUGGGAUUUGAGUCAUCCUACUGAUGCAGGGUGGCGUGCUGUUUAUACCAGGCUAAGAAUAACGAAUGCUCUUAAACAGAUUCAUGAUCAUUAGUUACAUAAGUAUUUGUUUGUGUCUGAUGCAUUUGGGUGAGAAAGGAAUGAGUUAGCAUGAAAAGUAA